AACAUGCACCUUUCUUCUCACCACCAUCAAUAUUUUCAAUUCCCUUUGCUUUUACCAUUUAUAUGCUAGGGUUUCUCUCUCUAGGGUUUCUAGCUAAUUCUCUAUCUAAAUACCUCAUCUGCUCUUCUUGAUUGCUACUCAUUUGGAUUAAUAGCUCAUCCAUCUUUAUAACAUAUGUUAGGCUCAUUUGGUUCUUCUUCCCACGAGGAGGAGGAGGAGGAAGAGGAGCCCACGCCACCGAAUGUUUACCUCCACCACCAGAUUCAGCCCCGGAGUUUCGCCUCCGUCCCGCCAAAUAUUCAUAUGCGUCAGUUGCUCAUAAGCUGCGCGGAACUUGUUUCCCGCUCUGAUGUCUCCGCUGCUCGCCGCCUCAUCGCCAUUCUAUCAUCAAAUUCCUCGCCUUAUGGUGAUUCCACGGAGAGGUUAGUCCACCAGUUCACCAAGGCCCUCUCCCUCCGCAUCAACCGUUAUGCCGCCACCGCCUCCGCUGCCACCCCCACGACGUUCUUGAUGAUCCCUAAUCCCGCGGCUGCCAGCACAAGCGGCGGCUCCACGAGUAACAUCAUGGUUCAUGACUUGGGACCAAUUAACGACGAUGCCCUUCUUCAGUCCUCCUACUUGUCGCUCAACCAAGUCACCCCUUUCAUUAGGUUUAGUCAGCUCACCGCUAAUCAGGCAAUCUUGGAGGCAGUCGAAGGGCAACAAGCCAUCCACAUCCUGGAUUUCGACAUCAUGCACGGCGUCCAAUGGCCGCCGCUAAUGCAGGCGAUAGCUGAGCGUUAUCCCCCGCCGACUCUCCGCAUCACAGGCACCGGUCACGAUCUUGAAAUCCUCAGAAGAACCGGCGACCGAUUGGCUAAAUUUGCUCACUCAUUAGGCCUCAGAUUUCAGUUCCACCCCCUUAUUCUCCUCACAAACGAAGACCCCAUUUCAGUCGCAUCUUCAGUUCUUCUCUUACCCGAUGAAACCCUCGUAGUGAACUGCGUGCACUAUCUCCACCGCCUACUCAAAGACCGCGACCGCCUCCAUCUCUUCCUCCACCGCAUCAAGGCCAUGGGCCCCAGGGUUCUCACGGUGGCUGAAAGGGAGGCGAACCACAACCACCCCAUUUUCCAGCAGCGUUUCGUGGAGGCGCUGGACCAUUACGCGGCGGUGUUUGAUUCUCUAGAAGCUACUCUGCCGCCCAACAGCCGGGAGCGGCUGGCGGUGGAGCAGAUAUGGUUCGGGAGAGAGAUUGCGGAUAUAGUGGCGGGGGAGGGAGAAAACAGGAGGGAAAGGCAUGAAAGAUUCAGAUCAUGGGAGGUGAUGCUAAGAAGCUCGGGUUUCAGCAAUGUUCGAUUGAGCCCUUUCGCGCUUUCACAAGCUAAGCUUCUGUUGAGGCUGCAUUACCCUUCAGAGGGAUAUCAGCUUCAUAUCCUCAAUGAUUCUUUCUUCUUGGGAUGGCAGAAUCAACCCCUUUUCUCAGUCUCUUCUUGGAACUGAUCAUCACCUAAAUUCCCCCCUAUCUGAAACCCUAACCCUAAUUACCCCUAUAAGCCGGCUUGCAUGGAUUUUGUGAUCUGAUCUGAACAUUGGGAAUUUGGAGGAGAACAGUACAACCAACCACCUUCGAUCUGCCUUCAAUUGACUUCUUCGAUUGACAGGUUUUUAAUUUCUUGGAGUGCUGAACUGAAACUGGAUAAUUUUAUUUUUAAUUUAUACUACUACUGCUGGUAGCUGUUAGUUUGGGUUCAGUUCAUUAUAUUUAUAAUUAGAAUUUUCUGCAGUAUGUAACCUUAGUAUUCAUGAUGAUGAUUUUUAUCAAA